UUUAAAGUCACGGUGUCUUUAAUUCUGCUCUCGCGUGCUCACACCUCCAGAUAGGGUUUUGCUGUUUAAUUUUUUAUUUUAUUUUUUUAAAUGCCCUCUUGUUCAAAAUGUUUUCUCCCUCCAGAAAAUUGAGAUUUCAAGCUUUCCAAUAAUGUAUCUCACAUGCAUAUCUGACAAUUUUGAAAGUUGGCCAAAUUGGGGGUCUCAGAGCGGAACUUCAAGUCACCUGAGUGUUUUCCGCCAUAUGUAGCGAGCUGUCAAACCACGCGGCAAAAUCUAAAGCACUCCUUGAAGCAAUCACGUGGUAUAGCUGGGCAGCCAGGCUUCGGACGUCAUCAUAUUCAGAACCUCCUCAAAAUGAAGCGAGCCUGUGCACAAACGUCCCUUCAUUAAUCGACACACCCUUCGAAAGUGGUCAUACCAGUUGAACCAAAUAUCUUCCGACUUGUACAGUACUUGAAUUAAUUUUCUGCCACUUGAGUCAUCAUAUGUUGAAGUCACCAACAGGACCUUCGUCGAGCGGCGCAUUAGCCAAAACGGUGAGUGAAAGCGUUUCUACGUGCUACCAAAGUUGCAGACCAAAUGGUCAUAGUUGAGCUAGAAGUGCUGCGAGUGUGUGUAGUAGCUAAGGGAUGCUUAUCUUACCACGAGCACCACCACUCAUUAUCGUGACAGUCAUUUCUGUGAGUUUUGGCAACUAUUCACUUCGUUUGAGCUACCUGGCGACCAAUGGCAGAAAGCGUAAAGUCAAUUUUCCUCUAAAAAUAUCGUCCAGUGCAACUUUUUUUGACUAGUUUGACUCACACUCCACAGUAGUGAUGUUUCCUCUAAGGCGAACUCCGAAACCACGCCCUAAAACUUUUUUUCUGGAGCGGGAAACCAAUGAUUUGCAUAUUAUUGGUCAUGUAUUAGGUUAGUGGAUAAUAGUACUGGCUCAUUUAGAUGAAAUUAUGCCCAAAAAAAAGUAAAAUCACACUUUUUAAGCAGCCAUGAGUUAAUUAUUCGGACAACUACUUUGACUUGAGUCAUAUUAUUUUGAAGUCACACUCCUCUUACUUGAGUACAAAUUUGUCCUUGCCCCUAAAUGAAUAAAUCCAUAUAGCUUUUGAUCACAAAUCCACGUGUCAUGUUGCACUUUGGCUCCUCUAGUAACGAUCUCACGUCUCAUAAAAUCAAGUCAGAAAGGUUUGAUCACAAGUCCAAGUGUCCAAAAUCCCCAAGAAUAGCAAAGCAGAGUUGACUUUUGGACACUCUGAAAACAAAAGCAUCCCGUCAAUGUCAGAUGAAAUCACAAUUGCGAUCUCUACUUUAGUAUGACACCAGCUUAAAAUUAUAGUUAGUCACCUCAGGGUAACUCUUCUGGAACAUUUCACUUCAAAUUUAUAAAAGUUGCUCUUUAGAAAUUUGAGCCCAGCUUCAGUAAGCAGGAAGUGCACUUAUGCACCAAGAGGGAGGACAUGAAAGAAUCUUUUCGCAUUGUAUGUAAGAAUGAUUUUCAUUUUGCAGAACAACUGCAGUUCGACAUUCCGAACUUGUGCGCUGAGACAAACGCCGUCUUCUCAAAAACCAUGGCUGAAAGUAUGGAGGGCCAUCUUCAAUGUCCCACCUGUCGGGACUUCUUCAGAGAUCCUGUCAUGCUGCCGUGCAGUCACAACUUCUGCCGUGCGUGUCUGCAGCAGCGGAAGGACGCAGGAGAACAAUCGUGUCCAGUCUGUAGGACAGAGUUUAGGUCGCUGGAUGCCCCUCCGAACCUGGCACUGAAGAAUCUGUGUGAAAACUUUCCUCGGGCCUCAAGCAAGUCAGAGGAAAUAUGCAGCAUGCACCAAAAGGAACUCAAACUCCUCUGUUUGGACCACCAGGAUAUUGUGUGCAUCAUCUGCAGAGACUCAGAAAUCCACGUUGGUCACACGUUCCUGCCCCUCAAAGAAGUUGUGAAAGGUCAUCGUAAGAAACUCCAGAAAGGCCUGCAGAAGGCCAUUGAAAGGCUCCAAAUUUACAACGACUGUCGAGAGAACUGCAAUGAACAGGCAGAGUACAUCAAAGUCCAGAGGGAGAAUGUCGAACGCAAGAUUAAGAAGGAUUUUGAGGAGCUCCGGCGCUUUCUCGACGUCGAGGAGGAGGCCAGGUUGGCUGCGGUAAGGGAGGAAGAGCAGAAGAAGAGUAAGAUCAUGAAUGAGAAGAUUGUGGUUCUUGGCCAACAAAUGACCGCACUCUCGGAUGUCAUCAGAAGCACUGAGGAGCAGCUGGCGUCUGGCAAGGUUUCUUUCCUGAAGAACUUCAAGACUGCGAUGAGCAGAAUCCAGGAGCUGCCUGAAAAGCCAAAGCUCCUGCCAGGUGGUCUGCUGGACGUAGCAAAACACGUGGGCAACCUCAAAUUCAAGGUAUGGGAGCUAAUGAAGGAGACGCUCGGCUACAGUCCCGUCAUUCUGGACCCCAACACGGCCAAUCCAAGAAUGAGUCUGUCCGAAGAUCUGACCAGUCUGAGUUGGAAAGACGUCCAGCAGGAGCGUCCAGAAAAUCCAGAGAGGUUCCAGACGUGGCGGUCUGUGCUGGGUGCUGCUUUGGACUCGGGAAGACACGUGUGGGAUGUUGAAGUGGGAGACAACAAUUCCUGGGCAGUGGGGAUCAGGUGGGGGGACCCUUGUUUGCCGGAGAAAAUGCGUGGUUGGGUCAUUGGAUUUCGUGAUGGGGAAUACUUAAUUCCCAGUGGCGAAUAUAGAGCACGGAAUCUGCCUGUCAAAUUGCAGAGGAUCCGAGUUGAAGUGGACAUAAAUGAGAGCUCACUGUCCUUCUCCGAACCUCUUACAAACACCGAAUUGUGGAAGAAGCCUUUCGAUUGGCCAGAUUUGUUCAGGAACACCAAAAUAUAUCCUUCCUUUCACACAAUAUGUAAAAUUCCUCUAAAAUUAAUCCCCUUUCCACCCUGUGUUACGACUGACAUCAGUUUGCAGUCAUGUUCGUCAUAUGUUGAAGUCACCAACAGGACCUUCGGCGAGCUGAGUAUUAGCCAAAACGAACAACUGCAGUUCGACAUUCCGAACUUGUGCGCUGAGACAAACGCCGUCUUCUCAAAAACCAUGGCUGAAAGUAUGGAGGACCAUCUUCAAUGUCCCACCUGUCUGGGCGUCUUCAGAGAUCCUGUCAUGCUGCCGUGCAGUCACAAUUUCUGCCGUGCGUGUCUGCAGGAGUGGAAGGACGCAGGAAAACGAUCGUGUCCAGUCUGUAGGACAGAGUUUCAGUCGAUUGGUACCCCUCUGAACCUGGCACUGAAGAAUCUGUGUGAAAACUUUCCUCGGGCCUCAAUCAAGUCAGAGGACAUAUGCAGCAUGCAUCAAGAGGAACUCAAACUCUUCUGUAUGGACCACCAGGAUACUGUGUGCAUCAUCUGCAGAGACUCAGAAAUCCACGUUGGUCACACGUUCCGGCCCCUCAAAGAAAUUGUGAAAGGUCACCAUGAGGAACUCAAGGAAGGCCUGCAGGAGGCCAAGGAAAGACUCCAAGAUUACAAAGAUUGUCGAGAGAACUGCAACGAACAGGCAGAGUACAUCAAAGUCCAGAGGGAGAAUGUCGAACGCAAGAUUAAGAAGGAUUUUGAGGAGCUCCGGCGCUUUCUCGACGUUGAGGAGGAGGCCAGGUUGGCUGCGGUAAGGGAGGAAGAGCAGAAGAAGAGUAAGAUUAUGAAGGAGAAGAUUGUGGUUCUUGGCCAACAAAUGACCGCACUCUCGGAUGUCAUCAGAAGCACUGAGGAGCAGCUGGCGUCUGGCAAUGUUUCUUUCCUGAAGAACUUCAAGACUGCAAUGAGCAGAAUCCAGGAGAUGCCUGAAAAGCCGCAGCUGCUGCCAGGUGGUCUGCUGGACGUAGCAAAACACGUGGGCAACCUCAAAUUCAAGGUAUGGGAGCUAAUGAAGGAGACGCUCGGCUACAGUCCCGUCAUUCUGGACCCCAACACGGCCAAUCCAAGAAUGAGUCUGUCCGAAGAUCUGACCAGUCUGAGUUGGAAAGACGUCCAGCAGGAGCGUCCAGAAAAUCCAGAGAGGUUCCAGACGUGGCAGUCUGUGCUGGGUGCUGCUUUGGACUCGGGAAGACACGUGUGGGAUGUUGAAGUGGGAGACAACAAUUCCUGGAUAGUGGGGAUCAGGUGGGGGCACCCUUGUUUGCCAGAGGAAAUGCGUGGUUCGGGCAUUGGAUUUCGUGAUGGGGAAUACUUAACUCCCAGUUGCGUAUAUGGAGCAUGGAAUCCGCCUGUCAAAUUGCAGAGGAUCCGAGUUGAAGUGGACAUAAAUGAGAGCUCAUUGUCCUUCUCCGAUCCUCUUACAAACACCGAAUUGUGGAACUCUAAGAAGAAUCCUUUGAGUUUGCCAGACUUUUCCAGGAACAUCAAAAUAUAUCCUUACUUUCACACAAUACGUAAAAUUCCUCUAAAGGUAAUCCCCAUUCCACCUGGUGUUACGACUGACAUCAGUUUGCAGUCAUGUUGACACAGCUUGAUUUUUUUGCUUUGAAUGUCAUCAGAAUCAUUCCUUUCUGUGAGAGAAUUUUAUUCAUGCUUUAAACACACCCAUCAUACAUCAACAUUGUAGCAUAGAGCAUCUUUGUUAUAUUGACCUGUUUGAGUGUGCCUUUCCAUAGCCUUGACUGUUGUAGACUGUAUCACAAUAUGCCCAAAUAUGGACUGUUAUGUUCCUGUGUUUUCCAAUAUGCCCUGAAUGAAUACAAUGGGCAACUGUGGCUUAUCAGACUGAGCUCAUCAUUGUUCUAGCCAGAGCCGGUGUAAAGCACAUAGUUUCGCCCUGAGCACUGAUAGUUGGACGUCCCGUGCUACAGAGUGCUACUACCUAACUGUGACGGUCCACUAUAAUUCAUACCUGUCAAAUUGUACAGUCUCGUCGUAAUUUGUACAAGUGAGCACUGAUUUUUAAAUGCGUACGCCGUACGUUACGUUCAAAAUCUGCACGUUUUUCGUGCAUUAUGUUUGCUUUUUUUUAAUCCGUUCGGAUUUGGUCACCGUUUCUGCAACGAGACAAUGUUCGUUAAUAAGUUGGUUGAAUAACCCGAGAAAAGUCAGAGACACGGACAGGGAAGAGUGUUUGUUGAGACGCUGUAGCAAACGCGAUGCUAGGCUAGGUGGCUCCAAUAUUUCCUGACUGUAGCCGACAGAAUACAAUCUACGCCUAGAUAUCUCAUGCAUAUAGAACUACACGCGAAAUGACAGACUCGGUAGCGUUAGUAAACAACCGCCAUUUUAGAGCAGUAAACUUCUCAGAAAGGCUCUGUUGUAGUAAACCUUACGAGCGAACCUAAGCAACUUUUUAUCUAAAAUACUCCUAAAUCGGCAAAAUCUUGACUUGAGUCUAUCUUUAAAGGAUGAAACAGUUUUUAAAUUUUCACAUUUCGAAAGUAGACAGAAGGGAACUAAUGCAAAAACGGGAGCAAUUUUAACAACUUUAACGGUUGAUUCACAACAUUAAAUGACCUCCAAACAUAGCAAAGGUUACUAUGUUUUUGGGUUUGUGUUUUGUUUUUAAUGAAAAAAAAACAAAAAAAACAUGAACGGUAUCACCAGUUACUUUGCCAAGUAACUUUUUAACUACUGUGUGUGUAUUUCAGUAGUCAGUCACUACACUAGCCAAAGAGCUAAGAGGCAUUUUAACAGUCGAAAAUGUUUACAUUUUAAGUGUUUAUUUCCUUUUUUUAAAGCAAAAUAAAGGCAGUGUAAAAAAAAAAAGAAAAAAGCAAAACGCGAACCGAAACCGUGAUCCCAAAACCGAGGAUCAAACCGAACCGUGGGCUAACUGAACCGUGGUGUUAUGACAGGCAAGCAACAACAAACAGACAAAACGGUCGUGAUCAAUUAAUAAACGUAUUAAAUUGCCAGAAAGGGUCUCCUUAUCCGUCGGAAUACCGAUGCAGGCAAAUCAUCGGUUCUGUUACUAUUGGAUCUCAGCGCCGCAUUCGACACGGUUGAUAACAACAUACUACUCAGCGGAUUGGAACAGUGGGUAAGGCUUACUGACAUUAUUCUUCAGUGGUUCACAUCCUAUUUACAUGAUCGGGAUUUCUUUGUGUCAAUCGGAAACUAUCAGUCAGAACGAACCAAAUUCACGUGUGGAGUCCCUCAAGGGUCAAUUCUUGGACCACUCUUAUUUAACAUCUAUAUGCUUCCGUUAGCUCAGAUAAUGGAACAGUAUGACAUCUCCUAUCACGCCUAUGCAGAUGACACACAACUGUACAUUUCUGUGUCCCCACAUGAUUAUAGUCCCUUAGUCUCCCUGAGUAAAUGCAUUCAUCAAAUCAAUGAAUGGAUGUGCCAGAAUUUUCUCCAGUUAAAUGUGGAGAAGACAGAGGUGAUCAUUUUUGGGCCAAAAAAGGAAAGGUCAAAGAUAAGCAGGGAACUUAGCACAAUGUCACUUACAGCUACAAAUCAAGUCAGAAACCUUGGCGUAAUUAUUGAUUCAGACCUAAAAUUUCACAGCCAUCUGAACUCCGUCACUAAAUCCGCUUAUUAGCACCUAAAAAAUAUAACCAGAAUUAAGGGGCUUCUAACUCAACAAGACAUGGAAAAACUUAUGCAUGCAUUCAUUUUCAGCAGAUUGGACUAUUGCAACGGUAUAUUUACAGGUCUUGAUAAAAAAUCAGUCAGGAAGCUGCAGCUAGUACAGAAGGCUGCAGCCAGAGUCCUCACAAAUACAAGAAAGCUGGACCACAUAACGCCGGUUUUGAAAUCGCUACACUGGCUUCCAGUGAGUCAAAUGAUAGACUAUAAAAUACUACUGCUUGUCUACAAAACACUUAAUGGCCUUUGGACCAAAAUACAUGCUUGACUUGUUAGUUUCCUAUGAGACAUCUAGACCCCUAAGGUCGUCUGGAACCGGUCUUCUGCAUGUUCCAAGAACAAGAACAAAGCAGGGUGAGGCAGCAUUUAGUUAUUAUGCUCAUCACCUCUGGAACAAGUUACCUGAAUGUCUGAAGUAUGCUCAAACUGUUAGCUCUUUUAAAUCAGGGCUAAAAACUAGUAGUUUUUGUUUUAUUUUUAUUUCUGUUUAAUUUUUAUUUAUUUAUUUUUAUUCAAUUUGUGAUUAAAUGCGAUCUUUUGUCUGGGUUUUUACAUUGUAUUGAUUUAAAUUUGAUUUUUAUGAUCUUCAUGUGAUGUGAAGCACUUUGAAUUGCCUUGUGUUGAAUUGUGCUAUAUAAAUAAAUUUGCCUUGCCUUGCCUUUGAAAAAAGAAGGUUGUAUUGUAUACUUCUAGGCUUUUCAUCGCUACACAUCGAGACGGUAAAACCCAGGAAAUGUUUGCAAUAUAUGGCGGGGGUAACGUGUUGCUAAACUUUCGUAUUUAAGUGCUGGAAAGGUCUUCGGGAAUUUAUGUCAUCAGGUAGCGGCAGGUGGCGAGGCACGUCCCUCGUUGCUAAGGUGUUGCUAUGGCAGUAACUCAAAAACUAUGCAGUCAAUUAAAAAAAAUUGGGUAGUGCGAGUUUUGAGACAGCGAGUGAUGCAUUCAAUACAAUUUAAGCGAGUAAACCGCUCAUAUACAUACUAUAUAUAUGGCGGAAAACACAGACAAGACUGAAAAAGACGUUUCUGCUCUCGCAACCCUCUUUAAAAUAAACUGCUGUAUUUUAAGCCCAAAACAAAAACUGUUGUGUUUGAAAGAACAAUAUAUCUAUAUGCUGCCAUAGCAGAUUCAUGGCACAUUUUGCCCCCGAACUAUAUUUAAUUUGUCGGUUUUACCUUCAAAACCCCCGUUUACAGACGUCGCGCAACCGCUUUUGUUUCAACCCAGCCAUAAAACGUAGGUAAUUAGUAAAGAUGUCCCGCUCGAUCGGGUCCAAUCACGUCAUUUUCAAAGUAUCGGAAUCGGCAUAAAAAUAUCGGACAUGCCUUUUUUUUUUUAUAUAUACAUUUUUUUUUUUUUUUUAAUUUAAAUCGUUUUCUAAUUGUAUAUAACGUUACAGACAAAAUGUCUUACGCUCAUCCAGAGUAGUUUUAGUUUAAAGUAGGACAAUCAAAUUUAUUGUGUUAACGGCGGUAAUUAUUUUUUCUUAAUUAAUCACGUUAAAUAAUUAACGCAUGCGUUGCACGACCCACUCACGUAUUGCCGCUUACAAGCUAUACAGGCGCCGUUUUACCAAUAUAUAGAGCUAAACGCAGCGUUUAAUGAGUAGAGAGAAUUUUGCCAGCCGUUGGAGCCUUUUUUAUUUGACUAAAGCCUUACAUUCACUCUCUCAGCAAUUAAAAUUAACGCGGGAGGCAAUGUGGGGAAGUAAGAUGGUAGUUGAUCAUUUUCUUAACACCCUAUGUUCCUACCCAAUGCAGAGAAGAUAUAUCAAUUGGUGCCCCUACGCACAGUCAUGGUUGCACUUCCCAUCAUGCAUUUGGGUUGAAUGGCUGCAGUAUCAUUGACUGAAAGCUCAACAAAUACACUAGAUGGCAAUAUUUAGUCACAAUAUACAAAGUCACAUUUAAUCACCAAAUGUGGAGGCCCGCAGUUUGGGGACCCCUGCUGUGGACUAAUACAUUUCUGUUCAAAGAUGGUUAUGUGGCCUGAUUUGUUACUAAAAUACAGUACUAGUAUUUCGUAAAGAUAUCCGAUCGAUCGGGUCCGAUCACGUCAUUUUCAAAGUAUCGGCAAAAAAAUAUCGGACAUGCCUUUUUUUAAUAUAUUUAUAUUUUCUCAUUAAAUCGUUUUCUAUUUGUAUUUAACGUUACAGACAAAAUGUGUUACACUCAUCCAGAGUCUUUAGUUUUGGCUUAAAGUAGGGCUAUCAAAUUUAUCGCAUUAACGGCGGUAAUUAUUAUUUUUUAAUUAAUCACGUGAAAUUAUUUAACGCAAUUAACGCAUGCGCUGCACGACCCACUCACGCAUUGUCACUUUCAAUCUAUUAUGGCGCCGUUUUACUUACAUAUAGAGCUAAAAACUAACGUAAAAUGAGUAGAGUGAAUUUAGGCAGUCUUUGGAGCCAUUUUAUAAUUGGCUAAAGCCUUAAAAUCCCUCUCUCCACAAUUAGAAAUAUGGUGGGAAACAAUGUGGGGAAGUAAGGUAGUAAUUGAUCUUUUUCUUAACACCCUAUGUUAUUUCCCAAAGCAGAGAAGAUAUAUGAAUUGGUACCACUACGCACAGUCAUGGUUGCACUUCCCAUCAUGCAUUUGGCCAGAACAGUUAAAUGGCUACAGUAUCAUUUACUGAAAGCUCAACAAAUACACUAGAUGGCAAUAUUUAGUCACAAUAUACAAAGUCACAUUUAUCCUUUAAGAAUUACAAGUCUUUCUAUCCGUGGAUCCCUCUCACAGAAAGAAUGUUAAUAAUGUAAAUGCUAUCUUGAAGAUUUAUUGUAAUAAACAAAUACAGUACUUAUGUACUGUAUGUUGAAUGUACAUAUUCGUCCGAGUUUUAUUCAUUUUUUUCUUAAUGCAUUGC